CUCCCCAGCUCCAUCAUCUCUACUCAGCACCUCCUCCCCAGGCUCAUCACACCUCUCUCAGCGACUUUCCCAGCCUCAUCACCUCACCCUCUUCCUCCAACGUCACAGGGCUGCGAAGCUUCCAGCAGCAGGAGAGGAAAGCAGGGAGGCUAUAAUGCAAAAGUCUGGAGUCCUCACACAAGCACCAUCUGCUCUUGUGCAGAAACUCAAGUCACAGUCCCAAAAGUGGAAAGAACAGGCCUUGGCCCGCAUGCAGUUAACGGGUGUUUGCCGCGCCCUUCCUGCGGUCGGGCCCCGAGCCAGGAGCUGAGCAUACAAAGGUGAACAGCGGAGUCGCAGUACCAGCUCUCUCCGGCCUCCCACGCUGGCGGGGAAGGCAGAUAAUUUCAACAAAGGCCGCCACGCAGGGGUAGGGCGAGGAGUACUUGAAGCCCACAGUAGAGAGAACUCACCUAGUCCUUGAAUGUUAAAAGGCUAAAACUCAACUAAUCGGAAGUGACGUGCCAGCCGAGACCGCAGGUCCGCCAAUUACGUAAUUGGCCGCCGCCUCCACUCGCCACCUUCCCCCUGGACGGGCCACAGAGAGGAGAAGUGUAGCUCAAAGUCCGCGACCCGCCCUUGCCCCGCCCCCGGCGGCUCCCAGCCCCACCCGGGACCAGACGGGCCUGGCCAGAGCCCAGGCCCGCAGCCUGCACGGGACAGCCUCGCCGGUCCCGGAGCCCGUCGGCGCCCUGCGGGCAAUGGGCUUCAGCGCUCAACCUCGCGCAUGCGCGGCCCUCUUUCCCCGGAGGAUUCCUCGGGUCACCUGGACGACCGCAUUUCAGCCACCUGCCCCUCCGGGUCCCUUCUCGCCCCCGACUCCUCCUGCUGGUUCUCACCUCCGGCCCCCCGCCUUCUCCUUCCUCCACAGGCACCACUAACCCCUCCCGUGGCCGCCCGGCAACACACCGGCUUCCACUGACACGAGCCUCUCGGCGCGGUUUCCGCUUCCGGCGAGUAUUGUGUGUCGCGCUGCGGGGCGGGGGCGGGGGGAGGAGGAAGGAGGGAGGCAGCGCUCCGGCGGCUCCGCGCCCCGCACUCCCGGACCCGAAGCCGGGAAGGUAGGUGCUGUCCCGCCGCCGCGCCGGGCCCUGGGGCCUGCCCCCGCCGGCCGGCUCCGCACGCCGCGUCCCAGCGCCCCACGACUGCGUCACCAGCCCCCGGCACGUAACCACAGCUGCCUCCGCCCGCCUCGGGCCCGGGCGGACGUUUUGCCGCCCCGGCGACGUCAGCGCGUCCGGCGUUGCUUGGCUACCCCGCCGUUCCCCCGUCCCGCUGCGGCUCGCCGCCCCGGGUGAAACGCUGACGCCGUCACCGCGGGUCUCGGCUGCGUCAUAGCGGCGGGCAUCCCACCUUCACGUCACACCUACUCCUCACCUGGACACGCACCCCUCCCUCCUCUCCAAUCCCCCUGCGCCAGAUCUGGCGGGAGAAGAUGGAGACCGGGGUGGGACCGAGUUGCGGACCACGCUCAGGAGAGGGUCGCAAAGUGGGACCCCGGACAGUGCUAGAAACAAAAUGAGGACGUCCCUGAAGUUUGCCCUUCUACUGAGACACGAGGAAUAGAGGGAAAGAAAUGACCAACCCAGAGCCACCUGAGGCCUCGCUAUGGCUGUAGCUCCAAGCCCUCUCCAUACUUCCCUAACCUUUUCCCCAUUUCUCUUUCACACCACUUCUUUGCCAGUCCAGAUCCAUCCUGGUCCCUAACUGCAUACAGUUCAACUCACUCCAGUUAAAUAAUGGCAGAGACAAGUCUGUUAGAGGCUGGGGCCUCUGCAGCCUCCACAGCUGCAGCUCUGGAGAACUUACAGGUGGAGGCGAGUUGUUCCGUGUGCCUGGAGUAUCUGAAGGAGCCCGUCAUCAUUGAGUGUGGGCACAACUUCUGCAAAGCUUGCAUCACCCGCUGGUGGGAGGACCUAGAGAGGGACUUCCCUUGUCCUGUCUGUCGAAAGACAUCUCGCUACCGCAGUCUCCGGCCUAAUCGACAGCUAGGCAGUAUGGUAGAAAUUGCCAAGCAGCUCCAGGCUGUCAAGCGGAAGAUCCGGGAUGAGAGCCUCUGCCCCCAGCACCAUGAAGCCCUCAGCCUCUUCUGCUAUGAGGACCAGGAGGCUGUAUGUUUGAUAUGUGCAAUUUCCCACACCCACCGGGCCCACACCGUCGUGCCACUGGACGAUGCCACACAGGAGUACAAGGAGAAACUGCAGAAGUGCCUGGAGCCCCUGGAGCAGAAGCUGCAGGAGAUCACCCACUGCAAGUCCUCGGAGGAGAAGAAGCCUGGCGAGCUCAAGAGACUAGUAGAGAGUCGCCGACAGCAGAUCUUAAAGGAAUUUGAAGAGCUUCAUAGGAGGCUGGAUGAAGAGCAGCAAAUGUUGCUUUCACGCCUGGAGGAGGAGGAACAGGACAUUCUACAGCGCCUCCGAGAAAAUGCUGCUCACCUUGGAGACAGGCGCCGGGACCUGGCCCACUUGGCUGCCGAGGUGGAGGGCAAGUGCUUACAGUCGGGCUUCGAAAUGCUUAAGGAUGUCAAAAGUACCCUGGAAAAAUGUGAGAAGGUGAAGACCAUGGAGGUGACUUCAGUAUCCAUAGAGCUGGAAAAGAACUUCAGCAAUUUUCCCCGACAGUACUUUGCCCUAAGGAAAAUCCUUAAACAGCUAAUUGCGGAUGUGACCCUGGACCCUGAGACUGCUCAUCCUAACCUAGUCCUGUCGGAAGAUCGUAAGAGCGUCAAGUUUGUGGAGACAAGACUCCGGGAUCUCCCUGACACACCACGGCGUUUCACCUUCUACCCUUGCGUCCUGGCUACUGAGGGUUUCACCUCAGGUCGACACUACUGGGAGGUGGAGGUGGGCGACAAGACCCACUGGGCAGUGGGUGUGUGCCGGGACUCCGUGAGCCGAAAGGGCGAGCUGACUCCACUCCCUGAGACUGGCUACUGGCGGGUGCGGCUGUGGAAUGGGGACAAAUAUGCAGCCACCACCACGCCUUUUACCCCUUUGCACAUCAAGGUGAAACCGAAGCGGGUGGGCAUAUUCCUAGACUAUGAGGCCGGCACACUGUCUUUUUACAACGUCACAGACCGCUCUCAUAUCUACACCUUCACUGAUACUUUUACUGAGAAACUCUGGCCCCUCUUCUACCCUGGCAUCCGGGCUGGUCGGAAGAAUGCUGCACCACUUACCAUCAGGCCCCCAACAGAUUGGGAGUGACAGGUAGAGACGUGGGAAUAAUUGGGGUGAGGCAGGGUCAAGAGCUAUGGGCCUUCCUUCCUGUGACCUGCUGGAAUGUCUUCGUGUCUACCUGGUUCUGGUCCUGAACCAUCUGGGAGAAACACCUUGGUUUCUAGAAUGGUUUAUAUGGAGGAGUAGGUGGGACUGGGCUGGGAUGAGAGCACAGCUGUGUCUCCCUCCAAAUUGUCACGGUGGGGAGCUGGUUCCCAGGGGAUUGUCUCCCCUGAAGUCCAUCAGGUUUUCUUUUGCACAAGGAUGGGUUGGGAAGGAAGGAGAGACUUUUCCAGAAACAAAAAUUCUGUGGGAGGUCUGACUUGCUCAAAUUGGAGGAGGAAACAGAGACCCCUGUACAUCCUUUUAGGGGGUUCUUUGACCCAGAAUAGUCUUGUUUCUUACAGAAGAUCACAGGGGUCUGUGUACCUCUAGAUUGAAAUAAAGAUGAAUGACAGUUGCUCUUAUGGGUCUAGAAGUUGAGGAGUUUUCUGAGGGCAGAGAUUGGGCAUCAAGAAGGUUAGAAAAAAGAUCAUGGAAGGAGGCUAAAAGAACAGAUUCCUAAAGACUAAUGAAGGGGAGAGGGUUUUCUUUGGUCUUCUAUUCCCAGAGUAAGGUUGCCAUUAUGAGUAGGAUUGGCCAGAGGUAGGAAUGUGGGGAGGAGAGGGUAAGAAAAAAGAAGAGGAGAACCCGGGUCCCUGCCUCAGCCUUCAGCAGAGGCAGCUUAUUGCCUGCCUCCUUAUAGUUGAUUUUCUCCAAGAAGUCAGUCACCUUGUUCCUUUUCAGAAGUGAGGUGCCAGAGACUCUGCAAGACACAUCUUCCCUUUCACUGCUCUCCCAAGGGAACUUGGAAAGGAGAGAGUCAGGUAUUAGAGGAAAGAGAGAAGUAUUUCUGUCCAAAGCCCUGGCCUUAAAGAAUGUUACUAAGUAGCUACUCCCAAAAUGUCAGCCUUGUUACCUGGCUAAGGUGUCCAAGCCAGAAAGGGAGAAAGGAAAUGCAGUCUUCCUCACCCUGAGGACAGGGUAGAAGAGCGUGGUGUGUGUAGCAAAGGGCCGUAUAGGCAUUUUCCUUUUGCCUGUGUGCAUCCGGCCUGGAACUAGUAUUCACAGGAGCCAGUUUUUUGCUUGUUUGUUGCCAUCCUUCACCAUUUGCCAUUUCCCCAUCAGAGAAUGUAAAUCAUUGUAAUGUUAGGCCAAAAUAAACAGCCUGUAGGGUACAUAUGUUGUCCAAAAAGGUAAAGCAAUGCAUGCCAAACCAACCUAAAAUGACCUGGAUUAUCUGCUACUUGGAUAAUCAGGGGUUCACACAAGAUUGGAACAAGAAACUGCAGUUUAUUGAGGGCAUUUCAGUUCCUCCUACCACCUCAACAGGACUUUGUCCAGACUCUCCUCUUACCUUUGUGCCUUGACUGUGGUUCUUUGUGGCAAGAUGCUUUGGUUGGUAAACAUAAUAUGGAACAAAGGAUCCACUGAAGUGA